GAAGGGAAGUCCAAACAACAUCUGCAGCAUCCGGCCGUUUUCCAUGAGCAGGUGAGCCGCUUUUCGGCUUCAAAACCGGUUUAGUUGCCCACAGAAAGCUGGAGGUCGCUGGAUCUCACCCUGCCGGCCUUACGGAGCUGCUGCUGCUGAGACCUGAGCUCGUUUCCCCGCCAGAAUGAGCAGCUUGAAGGGGUUCCAGUCCCAGCUGUCGUCCAUCAUGGAGGCGCUGACCCGAGCCGCGGUGGCGGAGAUCUGCGGGCUGGUGGACGACGGCUACGCCGUCCUGCAGCUGGAGAUCUCCCGCAGCCGCAAGGAGAACGAGGCGCUGCGGACGAAGCUGGAGCUCAUCGAGUCCAUCAUCGCUCGGGGCAGCCGCCGGACGGACGGCGGCCCGGAGGACGCGGCAGCCGAGUUGGAAGCUGAAGCGUCUCUACAGCAGGUAAAACCCUCCAACUUCAGAGGACAUGGAUCCGUUCCUGCAGAGGAUUCUGCUACAGCCGCUGCGGAGGAGCCGAUCCAAAUGGAUCAGGACAUUGUUGUGAUCAAAGAGGACACAGAGGAGGAGAAGGACGACCCGCUGCUCCUGCAGGAGGACGGUACGGAGGCGGAACCGGGUCUCCCUGUGGGGCAGGAGGGCCCAUCCGGGAUGAAGAUCUCUGACGUGCGGUGUUGGGACCAGAGCAGCUCCUGCAGCGGGCAGCCGUCCCCGGGUCCGUCCGGCGCCGCCGAGGGCAGCUCUGCUGACUUUGACCUGGCCUCUGAGUCGGACAGCGGCGCUCUGUCUGCAGCGGACAUCAGGACCGGCUUCCUGCUGGGGUCUGGAGACGGACCGGCAGCUCUGCCCGGACUGUCGGACCUGAAGCGGGGCUCGGCUCUGGUCGGGUCCGUCCCCUGCGAUGUGGAUCUGGAUCCCGGCUCCUCCUGGAGCAGCCAGUCUGUGCCCAGCAUGGUGCCAGUGCCGCACCGCUCCAUGCUGCUGGCGCUUGGCGGCUCCAGACUCGACCCGCUGGAGCUCAGCCGGUUCUGCAGGGACCAGCGAUUUGCCUGUAACUACUGCGGAAAAUGCUUCACAUCGUCGCGCAGCCUGGAGACGCACGUCCGCGUGCACACGGGCGAGAGGCCGUACAGCUGCGCGCAGUGCGGGAAGCGCUUCACGCAGUCGGGCCACCUGAAGACGCACCAGAGCGUCCACACGGGGGAGCGACCCUUCUCCUGCGAGCACUGCGGGAAACGCUUCGCGGCCAAGCAGAACCUGCGGAUCCACCAGCAGAAACAUCACAUGGUGCCGCUUUGACUGGGACAGAACCGAGCCCAGACCCGCUGACCCACAGACAGGGCCGGCCCAAGCCUUUUGGCACCCAAAGCAGAUUGUCACAUGGGGCCCCCCGUACCAACAUGUCAACACCAGAUUCUUCAUUCCUGAGCUGCUCUGUGUGUGACGUAGCCACAUUAGCAUCAUUUGAAACUAGCUUACCAGUUUUAUUUUGGCUGUUGAUUUUAACAUUACAGGAAAAAAAAAGAUGGUUGAGAUUUUAAAGUGCUGAGUGGUAUUUAAGUGUGCCAUGUUGUUUUAAGCAUUUGAAAGUAGCAUCAGCUGAUACAUUUACAGUUUUAAACACAAUUUAAACUUUAUUUACAGUAAACAAGUUUGAGAUGUUAUUUUUUCCCAACAGAGGCAGCAGCCAUCAGGAGGAAGAAAUCACCUUCCACACAUCUCAUUUCUACAAUCGGUUGUGUGGAGGAUCUAAACUGCUGCUUAACUUGCAUAUGCCUUGGGCCGGCUCUGCUGAUGGACCAGAACCUCCAGCAGUUUCAUAACUUUUUCUGUUUAUCAAGACAUUUCAGUGGAAAAGCUGCUCAGACUUCUUCUCUCUGCCUUUUCAUUCACUUUUAAACAGGAAGACAUUCCAGUAGGAACCUAGUUUUGUCUUUAAAGACAGUUUGGUGUCAGUCAGUCAGAGGAAGAUUUUCUAAAGUUAUAUUUUUGUUUUUUAUCUUACCGAAUCCAAACAAUAAAGUUAAAGCUGACAGAAAAGCUCAGACUAAAUCAAUUUUUAUUCAGCUAAAAAAAUUUCAGAUUUCUACUGAAAACGGCCAAUCAGGUGCCAGGAUUUUCUGUCACCAUGUAGAAACUGAAGAACGACCUGCUGUGUUUACAUCCACCAAUCCUGGAAUGUUAUUAAUUUUACGCUUGUGAUAAAAGCAGGUUUCUCCUACGGUGGAAUAAUUAAACACACACCUGGAACAGAAACAUAUGACUGAUGGUGAAAGUGUAAUACUGAAGCUGUGUGUAUUAUGUUGACUGUUUAAUAAUAAAUUCAAACUGUUUA